AUGGGAAACAAUUAUAGCGUUGACGAAGAAGGAAAUCAGGUUGUCUGGAAUGAGUUUGAGAUGAUCAAGGUGAAGAAGACACUUGAAAAUAAGUUUCAGGUUAAAACAAGCUACCACGAUACAGAGGUCAGAAAUAGUAAUAUAAGGAGAAGACAACGAGGGUUGGUGUCUAAUACGAAACUAAUGGGUAGAGCAUUAAAAUGCUAUGAGUGCGCUGACCACAUUGGAAGUGGAUCUAGCUGCGAAAGUGGGAAGAAUAUGGAUUCUGCUUGGAAAGAUACUUGCGAAAACCGCGCCAACGAGAUACCAGCUUGUAUAACUAUUAGAGUAAAUGUUAUUUAUUGUUUCAAUUCUUUCAUAUUUAUUACUUUACUUGUAUCACACACACACACACACACACACACACACACACACACACACACACACACACACACACACACACACACACACACACAGACACACACACACACACACACACACACACACACACACACACACACACACACACACACACACACACACACACACACACACAUAUAUAUAUAUAUAUACAGAUUGAACGAAAUAAAUUCGGAACAUAGGAAUAUAAUGUAUUUCGGCUCAAUUCUGCUGUAG